AUGUCGAUCAUGGAUUGUAUGAAUUCGGUAGAUUCUUCACCUCCAGUAGUGCAAAAGUCUGCAAAUGACUUGAGAGAAUAUAAAGUGAUGCGUUUAUGCAAUAGGAUGAAAGUGCUUCUUAUAAGUGAUCCGGAAACAGAUAAAUCUGCAGUGUGUUUAUCUGUGAACAUUGGUUCACUGUCGGAUCCGAAAGAACUGCCUGGUCUCGCACACUUUUGUGAGCAUAUGUUGUUUCUUGGUACGAAAUCAUUUCCAACUGAAAAUACCUAUUUGAAGUACAUAACCGAUCAUGGUGGUCACUGUAAUGCUUUUACGAGUCCAGAUAGAACUUCUUAUGUGUUUGAUGUUGCACCUGAAAGUUUGAAGGGUGCAUUGGAUAUUUUCUCACAGUUCUUCAUCUGCCCUCUUUUCACCGAUUCUGCAACAGAACGUGAGGUGAGUGCUGUACAGUCGGAACAUGAGAAGGACAUUAGUAAUGAUACUAGACGUCUUUUUCAGCUAGAGCGAAGCUUGUCAAAAUGUGGUCAUGAUUAUACGAAAUUCCUCUCUGGUAAUCGAUACUCUUUAUUUGAGUCGAGUUGUGCACAAUCGGUGAAUACACGCGAAAGGUUGUUGCAGUUCUAUUCAACAUGGUAUUCGUCAAAUGUGAUGGGACUAGUUAUUCUUGGAAGAGAAUCCAUAAAUGACCUAGAGAAACUUGCAGAAGAUAAGUUUUCGGAAGUUAUUGAUCGUAAUGUUGUGCAACCAUCAUGGAACGAUACUCCAUGGCCUGAUAUAUGCCUCAAGAAAAUGGUAUAUGUCGUCCCACUGAAUGACGUCCAUCAAAUGAAUAUAAUGUGGCCUAUUCCUGACUAUAUUCCAGACUAUACAGCUCAAGCCACUAGUUAUGUGACUUAUUUACUUGGUCAUGAAAGUCAUGGAAGUUUACUGAGCUUAUUCAAAAAUGCAGGCUGGGCUAAUCAACUAACAUGUGAUGUUAAUAGAUCAGGAGUUGGGAUUUGUUAUCUGAAUGUGUCCGUUCAUUUAACUUUGAAAGGACUUGAGAAAAUCAAUGAAAUUAUAACAAAUAUAUAUCAAUACAUCAACAUGCUUCACUCUGAUGAACCAAAAAAGUGGGUAUUGGAUGAAAUACAGACUUUAUGGAAACUAGGCUUUCGAUUUCAAAACAAAGAGACACCUUAUGAAUACGUGAUAAGAUUAUCCCGCAAUUUGUUGAUUUAUAAGAUGCAAGAUGACCUAACUAAUCAUUUUAUGGCAACUGUCUAUGAUCCUAAUUUAAUUAAAAAACUAUUAACUUGUCUUACUCCUGAUAAAAGUCGCAUCUUUUUACUUAGUAAGACGUUUGCCGACAAAUGUGUGGAGGAAGAACCCUGGUAUCGCACUAAAUACCUUGCUAUUAAUAUUCCUGAAAAUACCUUGUCAGCAUGGCGAAAUAGUCCUUCUAAUCCAGAAUUGAGAUUCCCCGAACCAAAUUCAUUUAUCACUACUGAAUUUGAUUUGUUGCAAAACAAAUGCCCCAUGAAUGUGGAAAUGCCAGAAUUAUUAAUCGAAACAGAGAUGUCUCGUAUUUGGUACUUUCAAGAUACAGAAUUCAAUCUUCCCAAAGGUUUUAUCAAAUUUCAUAUUGUCAGUUUGUCAACAUUUUGUAGUCCUUUACAUGAAACACUUUGUGCGUUUUAUGUAAACUUGUUUUUGGAUCAGAUUUAUGAACUUAAUUACUCUAGUGUGUUUGCUGAUAUAACAGUUCAUGUGGGAUAUACUAAUAGAGGUAUCACGCUUUUGUUUUCGGGAUUUACCCAUAAAUUGAAAACUUUUGUUCAAGAAAUAGUAACACAACUUGUCGAUUAUUGUGAACCAAAAACUGAUCGUUUCGAAUGCAUCCGUGAGAAAAUUUUCGAAAAUAUUACCAAUUUUUCAUUAAAACCAACUCAUCACCAGGCCUGUACAUAUUUAACGAAUAUUACUACACAUCAUUCUUGGAUUAUUGAUGAUUUUAUUCAAGCUCUAAAAGAUAUUACCUACGAAAAGUUAGUUAAUUAUAUCAAAGAGUUUUAUGAACGCAUUUUUAUCGAAGGCCUUAUAUAUGGCAGUAUCACCGAAGAGGAUGCAAUAAAUUAUUACGAAAUGAUUCGAGAUCUGUUAAUACAAAAAUUUGAUUCUAAACCAUUUUUGCUAUCUCACAUCGCAACACCUCGAGAAGUUAUAAUUCCUGAAGAUUCCAGUUUUCUUUAUCAACGAUAUAUUUCUGGUCAACCAGCUUCUGCGAUUUACUAUUACCUUCAAUGUGGUGAGCAGUCUACGCUUAACAAUACAUUACUUCAUCUGUUUUAUCAGAUUGUAAGAGGACCCAUUUUCGAUAAACUACAUACGGAACAACAAUUGGGUUAUAUUGUACAGGCUGGACUCCGAAGAUCCAAUAAACUACAAGGUUUUCGUAUUUUAGUGCAAUCAUCUUAUCAUCCUAAUAAAAUUGAUAAAUGUAUCGAAGAAUUUCUACUUACUGUAAAUAAACUGUUAGAAGAUAUGUCUGACGAAGAAUUUAAUGUUCACGUGAAAUCCCUCAUGACACACUUACUGGAAAAACCGAAAGGUAUGCAAGAUCGAUUUGGGCGUUUAUGGUCUGAAAUUGCUUGUCGACAUUAUAAUUUCAAACGAAAUGUACAUGCGGUUAGUGUAUUGAAAUCACUCAAAAAGAAUAACAUUAUCAAUUUCUUCAAAGAGUAUAUUGAUCCUUCAUCAUGUACAAGAAGAAAAUUAGUAGUUCAAAUAAUAUCGAGUGAGGAACAUUUAUGUGAUUCAGAAUUUAGUAACCAUAGCAAGAAGUUUUUUAUGAAAUUCAUUAAUAAAGCGCUUUCAAUUAUUUGUCUUAUAAACUAUUUGAGAUGCACUUCUCACUUAUAGUACCGUAGAAUCUAGCACAAAUUUGAAUUUCCUUAGAUUCCCAAAUCCUAUCAAGAUAACCAGAAUGAUCUAACAGGAUAGUAAUCUCGUUAGUCGAAGUAAACGUAUCAUUAAUAAUACAAAACAUUAAAAAAAAACAAUGUUGGGUCUCUAGACGUGAUAGGUGGCUUUGAUGAUUCCUUGAAUAACAUGCUGUGAACAUGUGUUAUAUACACUAACCGAUUAGCUUUCAGAGAUGAUAGACCAUGUUUUCAUAAUCCUUAUAAGAUAAUUCUCUAUUAAUUUUAGCAUAUAUUGUACUAGCUUCGAGAAUCUCAGCGUCAUAUAGUCCAUAAGUACACUUGUUUGUUGUAUACGGACUCAUUUUCAAAGUAAACCUCUUUUCAUUCUUCCCGUCGUUUGUUUUCAGCUAAAAGAUCAAAUGGAGUAGAUAUUUGAUAACUAGAAAGCGUAUAGGAAGUCAAUACCCAAUCGAUUGAACACAUGAUGUUUCAAGAGGGUAGAGAAUGGAGCCAUAUACGUAAUUACAACUAAUUCAGUGGAUCACAUAGGCCUUGAAAUAAAAAGGAUACUCCAAAACACUAAGCGUUCUAAUUAAUAGUUGAUGUCAUUUUAUAAACAGGGAUAUUGAAUCAUUCAGUUUUCCAGAGCUACCAAUCGGGCAAGUGAUUAGUGGUAGUCUUACAGCCAAAUUAUUCAGUAAUAUUUUGUUCUUUUUGACUGCAAUGAUAAAAUUAUGCAUCACACAUGGUCACUAUUGAUUGAUUCAUAAUUGUGUAGCUACACAUUACUCAUAUGUAGUACCGAAUCACAGCACUAUUUUGUUGGUU